AUGUCCGAGCUUGUUUCCAUGGCCAUUGGCAUGGCCAAGAACCUAUCCCAGGGCAGCCAGUACGCAUCCGGGCUACACCAAUACACCCAAGGCCUAGAGAUCGUAGCAACUGUUCCGCCAGAAGUGAGCAGUCCGGAAAGCUUGUUCCCAGUACUCCGUACACAGCCCUGGAUGACGCCGGGACUGGCCAAGGGGCAAUCAGCCUCGCAAAUACCGUAUCUGUGCGAAUGUCCAUCUUCUGCUGGUCGGUUCUGGGCCAUGCGCUAG